AUGAAGAUAUCGGAUACAAAGGGAGUCUCAGUCCUGAAGGCCUCAAAAGUGGCUAAUCAAUCUAAGGAUACUACUCCACUUUAUGGAUAUGAUAUAGAUGAAUAUAUGAACAAGGCUCUCGGAUCUAAUAAAAGUGAUGAUAUGGAAAUAUCGAAUCUGGAAAUACCGCAUGAACUCAAAGACUUGUUCAGAAGAAAAACUGCAGGUAUAUUUGACCAACUUAUGGAUGCUCAAGCCGGUCCAUUCGCGGUUUAUAAUAAUCCUCCUCCCUUGGGGGCUAGUGGAGUUGUCCAUACGCCAGAACCGCAACAGAUGAUGGCUCCCACUCCCCCCCCUGCGGUGGCCAGUGUUCCAAUGGUUCCACCUCCUAGCGUAAAUGUACAGGUUCCUAUGGUCCCAACCCAACCAGUGAUAGUUCCUGAAGUACCUAUGGUAAAUGAGGUACACCCUGGAAUGCCUAUGGGAGGUAUGGGCCACGACCUUGGAACUGCACCUGCAAUCGUCCCUGCGCAAUCUUCUUCACAAGUCGCUGGAGUGCCUAUUGUGAAUGUUGUUGGAGGAAGGAAUAUAAGUGCUCCCGGAGUUCUAUCCGCUGAGGAGAUGGAAAACCAGCGAUUAUUAAAUUCCAAAAGUCAUGAAUCAUCUGGGUUCCACAGGUUAAAUAUAGACAGCAUAGGUAAAAUAUUAAUUGUAAGUACCAUUGUGGUAUUUUUACUCGCUGGUUGUAUCAUGCGAAUCAAAUCCAGGAGGAAACAGACAAAGAAGAGGUAA